AUGAAAAGAAGAGAAGACAUGUCAAUUCUACGUUCCAAACGACGUCAAGUACUUUUGAAUGCACGUCGAACAGAAGAGCCUGUUGACACCACUCCAGAAAUACCUUUACUCCAGUCAAUCCCAAUGCUUCAAACCAAUCCAGAAAUAGCAAUUGAACUCAUUAAUGCGCAUUUAUAUCGAAAUGAAUAUCAAGACAUUGCCGAUAUUUUCCCAGUACUUCCAAGUUUCAUGCAAUUGCUAAACUCUUCAGACAACAUUCAAUUAAAAACUUUGACAUUAUUAGUCAACAUCAGUUCUGUUGGUGCAUGUGCAGAUGAGUUAGCCAAAUUCAAUUAUCAAAUGUUUAUGAACACUUUCAUCUUCCACCAAAACACAUUAAUUAGGACGCGAGCAAUCAAAUUACUGACUAAUUUAAUUCACAAUGGAAAUACCGAAUAUCAAAACCUCAAACAAAGUGGCCUUUUAAAUCUACUUGAAAAAGCACUCAACACAUUCAACAACGACGCUUCAUUGUGGAAAGCAAUCACAGAACUUAUCACAACUGUUUCAGAGGUGUCGGACAUCUACACAGAUGUGUCAAUGCAAACAGAAAACGUCACUGUCAACAUAGUACCCAGUGGCCCAAUAACACAAGUCUCUUUCUCACAAGAUGUCACACCACAAAACGCUUUUAUGGAGGUCUUCCCUAUCUUUGCAAAGCUUUUCAGUCGUAUUGGAGAGAUCCCUGAAAUGUAUUCGUGUAUUGCGAUGUUCUCUGCGGAUCAAAAGGCGAUGGAACAAAUGGACGAUAUGAUUCCAACGCUCUUCAACAUAUUUGUCGACGCACUUGCUUCGAAGAACAAAAUUGUUUGUACCAGUGCGGUGAUGUUGUGUAUGAAUAUAGUUGACAAUGUGUGUCUCAUGACUAAAAUGAUAUCCAAUAGUGCUUUCUAUAGCAAUUUAGUGAAGGCGUGUAAACUCUCAGAUGUAUCUUCCUUUGCAAGUAUAUGUUAUAUUACCGCCUCAAUUAUAAAGACCAACAAAGACACUGCACAGUAUUUCUUUAGUUCAGACUUAAUUAGUGUGAUGGUGGAAAAGAUCACUAAAAUCGACUUCGAAGAGAUGGACCAAUCCGUCACUGAUAUCACUUUUGACUUCUCGUCUUUCUAUACGGACGUGUUAGACUUGGUGUCAGAGGACAAAAAGGCUACUUUACUUCUCUUCGAAAACAACGAGCCCGUCUUCAAAGUACUCGCCUGUUGUGUGGAAAGAAACUCAAUGGACUUCAAUUGUUCUCUUGCAAGAAAUCUGACUAAAGCAAUGGCGUUUUUGAUCGAAAACGACUUCAUCGACUCGGCGCGUGAACUUUCGGAAAUGUUGGAGGAGUCAACUAUCACCGAGAAAAUUCAAAGUGUCGGGAUGAACGAGGAAGACUUCGCACAAAUCGCUGACGAGUAUAUGAAAUGCGUCACUUUCCCUGAAAAUUCGGGUAAUUCCGACGGGGUUUAA